CAAGAAGUUUAUUUUUUUAUAGGUUAUGUCAUGAAAUACUACAGGAUUUGAUUGUUGAAAUGAGCGCUUAAUUCAAAUACAAAUUAAGGUUUUUUUUUUUAAUAAAUUUUGUUACUUAAAAUUUUAAAAUAAGUUUAAAAGAACAAGAUGUUAACUUCGUUAAGACUUUUUUCACUGUACAAAACUGGGUUGAAACCCUUAGCAUGUUCGAGUGACAUGAUUUCAUCAGUUUGUAAUCAAUUUAUGAAUUUCAACGUUAAUGGAGCCAAAUAUGGAACUGUUUCGUCAGACACUGAUAAAACCGCGGUAGUUUCUACAAGUGUACCACAGAAAAAAACCAGUAAAGCAAUGAAAGCAUAUUUGGAACGUGCCAAAGAACAUGAUGAAUUUAUGCAACAACAAAAUACCGAAUAUCAAAUUGGUAAACGUCAUUUGGCUAACAUGAUGGGUGAAGAUCCAGAAACAUUUACUCAAGAUGAUAUUGAUAAUGCAAUUGAAUAUCUAUUUCCAUCUGGAAUUUAUGAUCCAAAAGCUCGACCCUGCAUGAAACAUCCCGAAGAGAUAUUCCCACAAAGAAAAGCAGCUGAAUUCGAUGAAAUUGGGCGACCGUAUCAUUUCUUAUUUUUUACCGGAAAACCGAAUUAUUAUCAACUACUACACGAUAUCGUGAAUAAUAUUCAAGAUUUAAAUAAAUUUGAAGAUGCUGCAAAUAGAAAGGGAACCCGGCCAGAUUCUACGAGAUCUGUGCAACUUGCUGGUUCAACUUGGGUAUCAAAAGAUGAAUUGAGUAAAAUACUUUUAGAACCUGUUGAUGAUCGCGAUUAUGAGCAAUUUGUUAUGGCUUUUGAUCGACUAGCAUCACAUCCAUAUGCUUACCGUAUUAACGAUUUUAUUCAAAAUUAUCGAAGAACUUUGAUGGCCCAAACUUCCAAAUAUGCCGUUCCAAAAUUACAAUAUGAUGAAAAUGGACGAGCUUUUGUUACAACUUAUGAAUGCUUGAGAAAAACAGCUCGAGGUCAUGUUACAAUGUAUUCACCAGGAACGGGAAAGAUAACAAUCAAUGGACAAGAUAUAAAUUAUUUUAAAGAUUUGCAGCCACGUGAACAGUUACUGUUUCCGCUAGAAUUUACAAACAUGACCAAAAAUGUAGAUAUUGAAGCUCAUGUUGAAGGUGGUGGACCAUCAGGCCAAGCGGGUGCACUUCGAUGGGGAAUCGCAAUGUGUUUAAGAAAUUUUGUCGAUGAUGAUAUGAUACAAAAAAUGCAAAUUGCUGGAUUACUUCAACGUGACUAUCGAACACGUGAAAGAAAGAAGCCUGGACAAAUGAAAGCUAGACGAAAGUUCACAUGGAAGAAACGUUAAAAUAUUUUGUAAUUACUUGAAUUU